AUGGCAGUAGACAAAGCAGCAUCCCAAACAGUAACAUUCAAUGUUGGUGGCAAACACUACGAGGUCUCCAAAUCCUUGUUGGAAGCAUAUCAGUGUACAAUCUUGGCACAAAAGGCGAUGACCGAAUCGUCUUCUCCAAUCUUUGUGGACCGAGAUCCAGACCGAUUUUCUUACUGCCUGGACUAUAUGCGUGACAAUGGUAAGGUUUUCUUACUUGAAGGUGUGACAAAGAAGGCGGUAGUAAGAGAACUCUUGUUCUUUGGCUUUGCCGAUAUAGACGAGUCGCUAAUUGAGGACGAAUUUUCAACUGGAAAAAGCGCCAUGAGAUUCCAUACCUUACUGGCAAGAACUCAUCAAGACAUUGAAAACUUGGAAGCGGAGAUAUCUUCCAAUCAGAAGAAAGUACAAAUGGCAAAGCUUGCUAUGCACUGUCUCGAAGAGUGUCUGAAAUGCGUUGAUGGAUGCGUUUUUGUGCAUGUACUGUCACCAUACGUCGAAUCAAUUGACGUUCUGUCUGUUGAAUCCCUGAUGCAAACGAAUGAUGACUACGGAUCGGCUUCUACUAUCGCAAAGAAAGAUCCUAUCCAGCUCUGUUCUUCCAUCUUGGACCCUUUAGUGGACCAACCAGUAAGGAAAAAGCUAAGCCUCAGUGCCAGCUGCCAUUCAAACCAGCUAGUACUGCUGGAACAACAACACCAUGCCUUGGAGGAGGAACCAUGGGAACAAGCGAACAAGCGACAGAAACUUCGCCAUCAACAGUUCGAAACUUCCGAUGAUGAAAGCAUGGCUCGCUUCAGACCUUACCAAGAAGACCAAUGGCGAAUCCAGUUCAAGAAGCUCAUCGAGUUCAAGCUGAAAAAUGGACACUGCGGUGUUCCUCACAAGUACCCAGAAGAUCGUGUACUUGCUAGAUGGGUCAAGAGACAACGCUACCAGUACAAGAAACUGAACGACAACGACCCCACGUCCACAAUGACAGCUCGUCGCGUUGAAGAUCUGGAAGCAGUUGGCUUUGUGUGGCAUUCUCAUGCUGCGGCAUGGCUAGAAAAGCUAAACGACCUGAAGGCUUUCAAGGAACGAACAGGUCACUGCAAGGUCCCAUCUCACUAUCCCAAGGAUGUUCAAUUGUCUACAUGGGUCAAGUGUCAACGACGUCAAUACAAGUUGUAUUUAUCCCGAGGAUCAUCGAGUAUGACUAUCAAGCGAUUGCACGCGUUGGAAAGCCUUGGCUUUGUGUUUGAUACUCGAAAGAAGAACAACAAGGGUGCCAACAACGAGAGGAAUAAUAAUAUGUUCGAGACACCGGCGGGCUUGGUGUGA